UGCUCUGAGAAUUUAUCGUGAGCAGCCCCUGCAGGACUGUUAACUCCACUAUAACUGAAGAUAUGAUCAUCUUAAUUUACUUACUCAUCUUGCUGUGGGAAGAGGCUCAAGGAUGGGGAUUUGAAAAUGGGAUUUUACAUAACUCCAUAUGGCUUGAACAAGCAGCGGGUGUAUACCACAGAGAAGCCCGGUCGGGCAAAUACAAGCUCACCUAUGCAGAAGCUAAGGCGGUGUGUGAAUUUGAGGGCGGUCGUCUUGCCACCUACAAGCAACUAGAGGCAGCCAGAAAAAUUGGAUUUCACGUCUGUGCUGCUGGAUGGAUGGCCAAGGGUAGGGUUGGAUACCCCAUUGUGAAGCCAGGGCCAAACUGUGGAUUUGGAAGAACCGGUAUUAUUGAUUAUGGAGUCCGUCUCAAUAGGAGUGAAAGAUGGGAUGCCUAUUGCUACAACCCACAUGCAAAGGAAUGUGGCGGUGUCUUCACAGACCCAAAGCGAAUUUUUAAAUCUCCAGGCUUCCCAAAUGAGUAUGAUGAUAAUCAGGUAUGCUACUGGCACAUUAGACUCAAGUAUGGUCAGCGUAUUCACCUGAGUUUUUUGAACUUUGACCUUGAAGAUGACCCAGGUUGCUUGGCUGACUAUGUUGAAAUAUAUGACAGUUACGAUGACGUCCAUGGCUUUGUGGGAAGAUACUGUGGUGAUGAGCUUCCAGAAGACAUCAUUAGCACAGGAAACGUCAUGACCUUGAAGUUUCUGAGUGAUGCUUCAGUAACAGCAGGAGGUUUCCAGAUCAAAUAUGUUGCAGUGGAUCCUGUAUCCAAAUCCAGUCAAGGAAAAAAUACAAGUACCACUUCCACUGGAAAUAAAAACUUUUUAGCUGGAAGAUUUAGCCAUUUAUAAAACAAAACAAAACAAAACAAAACAAAACAAAACAAAAAGAAUAUUCAAAAUAUACAAUGUUGUAUCUUUUGGAAACUCUUAGAUCUCACUUUUGUAUUAUUAUUAUUGUUGUUGUUAAUGUUUAUUUAUUAUUUUUCUAAAUGUGAAAGCAAUACCUAAUUUUGGAGAAAAUUGAAAAAUACAGAACAUUUCAAAUGAAAAUCUCUCAUACUCUUACUACAUAGAGAUAACUAGUGUUAACAUUUUUAUAUAUUUUUCUUUCAGUCAUUUUUCUACAUGUGGUGUAUGUAUGUAUAUAUCUAUGUGUAUUUGUAUUUAAAAGUUUGGAAUCCUGCUCUCUGUACAGUUUUAUAUGCUUUUUUUUAACCUUAAAUUUUAUAGCCUAAGCAUUUCCCCAAAUCAUUGUGUCCGUGGUAUGAUUACUUCAUACUUUAUUUAAACCUCUUUAUUGUUGGAAUUUUAGAUUAUUUUCAUAAAUAUUGCUGAAUAAAUAUUCUUGAAUGCACAUA